GACUUGACGCCGGUCCCUCCGGUCGGCAGUCGGUCGCACCACCGGAGCAGCAAAACCCCCGGAGCGCUGGAUUCAAGUGUUUUGAACCCGGUUGUGUUGACUCUCGGUUCCUGCAGACCUGCAGGGAUAUGGGCCGUGACCUGGAUGGCUGACGGACAGGGACGGGGACCAAUCGCAUGACAACAUGCUGGCUCGUAACCGCUUCCUCCUCCUGGUGGUGGUGGGCGGGGCCGCGCUGGCCAUCAUCAGCCUGAGCCUCCAGUUCUUGAACCUCAUCCCCAUCGCCGCCGAACUCCAGGCGGCGGAUGGCGGUGCCGGGGCGGCUCUGGGGAAGAGCAGAAAGCGAGUGUUCCCGGUGCCUCGCACCGAGGAGCCCAACCCCAUAUCGGAGGCGUACAGCUACUGCAACACGCCCAACCGCACCGAACAGGCCUGGGAGGGUCACAGUCCUGUCGACUACAAGCUGCUGUCUGUCCAGGUGAUGAUUCGCCAUGGUGACCGCUACCCGCUCUACUACAUCCCCAAGACCAAGCGGCCCGCCAUCGACUGCACCUUGUCCACCAGCAGGAAGCCCUCCCACCCGCUGCUGAAUGCCUUCAUCCGUCACAUGGGCCAGGGGGCCCGCGGCCACUGGGAGUCGCCACUGGGCUCCGUGCCCCGGCUGCCCAACCACAGUGCCUGCGAGAUGGGAGAGCUCACGCAGACGGGUGUGGUGCAGCACCUGCGCAACGGGCAGCUCCUCCACCGGGCCUACAAGCGCCACAAGCUCCUCCCCGCCGACUGGUCGCCCCGCCAGGUGUGGCUCGAGACCACCGGCAAGAGCCGCACCCUCCAGAGCGGCCUGGCCUUCCUCUACGGCCUCCUGCCGGAUUUCGACUGGGCGCGAGUGACGGCGCGGCACCAGUGGAGCACGCUGUUCUGCGGCGCGGCGUGCGACUGCCCCGCCCGGAACCGCCACCUGGAGGAGGAGCAGCGGCGGCAGUAUCGGCUCCGGGUGAGCGACACGGAACUGGAGAGGACCUACGCCGACAUGGCGCGCACCCUGGGCCUGCUCACCCGGCAGCUCCGGGCGGCGAACCCCAUAGACUCCCUGCUGUGCCACCUGUGCCACGGCAUCGCGUUCCCGUGCGUCCCCGGCGGCGGUGGCGGCGGCGGCGGCGGGUGUCUGACGAUGGCGCAGUUCGCCGUGAUCCGCCGACAGCAGCUGGAUGACGAGGCGGACCGGAGGCGAGCGGGGCUGUACCGCAAGUACGCCGUCCUCGCCAUGUACCCGUACCUCAACCGGACCGCCGGCAAGAUGGAGCGCGUCGCCAAGGACAACGAGGCCGGCCGGCAGCCCCGCGGCGAGGAGGUCUUCUCCCUCUCCUCGGCCCACGACGUCACCGUGGCCCCGUUGCUGAGCGCCCUGGGGCUGGAGGGGGCGCGCUUCCCACGCUUCGCGGCGAGGGUGGUCUUUGAACUGUGGAAGAGUCCCCCGGGCACCCGAGGACCGGCGGCGGCGGCAGUGGCGCCGCCGAAGAAGAGGGCCAAGGCGAGAGACGGCGAGCUGUUCAUCCGGGUGCUGUACAACGGCGAGGACGUGACGUUUCACACCGACUUCUGUCGCGCCCACGACCGCCACGCCAGGUGGCCCCUCUGCCCCCUGAAGAACUUCCUGUCUUUUGUGAGGAGAGACAUGUUCGCCGUCGUCAACGCCACUUCCUACCAGGAGGCGUGCUACCGGCGCCCUGGGUGAAGGGGGGGCGGAGCCAGGAUUCGAUUCCACUUCUUCCCUGUUUUUUUUACCACUUUUUUUGGAAGACGGUGCACAUUUUUUUAACGCCGCCCGUGGCGUCCGUUUUUUUUAAAGUGUAGUGCGUCACAUUCCUGAGUACGACAAAAAAACAUCGCUUUCUAACUUCUCUACGAGCGUGUUUUUAUUUUUAUUUUGUAAUUAAAGAGACGAGUAGUUCAAGGGGAGUUGUUUUUACGGCACUUCGCCACUUUAUCCCACACAUGACAUUCCACGACGCCGUGGAAUUGCAACGUUUGAGUAUUUUUCCCAGAAUGCUUUGAGGUAAAAAAAAAAAAAAAAAAAAGGGAACG